CCUUCUUCAGUCUAUUGGGUUUCCAGCCUGAAGACAGGACUCUAGAAAUCUCAGACUUUCCUUUCAAACAACACAGUUCAUUACUUUUGUGAUACAAGAGCUAACUGUAAAUAUGAUCGAUAGAGACAUUGCACUCGAGGCUUUGGGUGUCCUCUGCAACGCCAGUGUAACAUCUGUUCAAAUUCAAAGGUCACAAAGCUCUCAUGACUGCAGUGGUGGGAGAGCAGCACAUCAGGAGCAGCUGUCCAUCAAGAAUCUCAUCUGUACCGUCCUGGACGCAGAUGAAACCAGCGAGGUGUCAAAAUGCUGCUUCUCCCACAUCCAAUCCAUCCUGCAAGGCAGUGCUGCGCCAGCUUUCUUCCCCGGAGUGGUGGACACUGCAACAGGAAGGAACCACAUCAUCGAUGAUGAUGAGUUCUUUGCCCCGCAGUUCGACUAUGAUUUCAAAAAUUUGAAGGACACUGAGACUUUCUGGAGAGGUGGAGAGAAGUAUGAACGCCCAAGUGGUUGGUACCGUUUUGGGCUUAAGGUCCUGGAUAAGUAUGAUGAAGCUACCUGGCUGGGAACCAGUUACCGUAGCACCCAGUCAUGUCCAGGGGAGUGGCCUGUGUCCUACCAUGGGACAUCAAAGAAAGGUGCUGAGGGCAUCAUUGAAGGACACUACGAGCCGGGCUCUGGGCAGGCGUAUGGCAGGGGGAUUUAUUCUACCCCAGACAUCUCUGAGGCGAAUCAAUACGCCAAAACAUUCACCUCCGAGAAGAAUGGCAAGAGGUACAAAGUGAUUCUGCAGAAUCGAAUCAACCCCAAGUACAGAAAGAUAUGCAAAUACCCUAAGUACUGGCUGAUCCCCAUCCCCAAAGGUACAUCUGAUGAAGAAGAGCAGGAGAUGGUAGAAAGGGCCAUCCGUCCUUAUGGCCUUCUGUUGAAAGAGGUCUAACACAGAAAGAUCACAAGAAAACCCACAAAUCUGACCAGUUUUAUUUUGAAAAGCCAGUGGGUGUGUCAUCUAUUAAACAUUAGUUGUCCAUACUAAACACUCUUCAAUUUGCAUAUGAAUUUGAAUAUGGGAAAAUAAUUGUUUGUGUUUGUUUUAUGGAAAUAUGGAAUAAACAAACUAGAACUAA